AUGGAACUCCUCGGUGAUGUGACUAGAAGACUUAAAUGUAGACCUAAUAUCCAAGUUCCAGUUCAUGAAUUAUUCCUGAGCUAUAAUGAUCCGUUUAAUUCCGUGUUUUUGGUUAAUUUUUCACACAUGUACUUAAGACUUGGCUUCCCACGACUUCCUUUCGCACAAAAGAUUAAGUUGCUCCCUGUACUAUUCGCCUCACUUUCUGAGGAUAAGCCAAUGUGUCAACGCGACGGUUUACUCCACCUAACACUGCCGGUUAUUGAAAAUCUCACCGAUGAAUUGGCCCCGCGAGACCUCUGUUUUAGUGAACUUCCUUUCCAAAGGCGUUACAUAUCAGAUUUCUAUUCUUUAGUGAUGCUUUUGCCCUACAAUUUCCAAAGGUUGAUUAGAUCAGACAGAAGUGAUACAACUUUACCGGAUGGUUACAAUUCAUAUGACUUGGGAAGAGUGUUGCACGAACGGUAUUCUUGCAUAACAUCUGCUGAGGAUCUUGAAAAAUUCAAAUUAGCCAUCUUGACCUUUUACACUCGCCACUUUUUUCCUGCCGAAGAAAGCAUAAUACCAAUUCUUUUCGGAUAUGGUGACAGUCGACAUUCAGUGGUCUCCGUUGCUUCAAAAGAACUACGAACGUUAAGUGUCCUCGUGGAUUGGGAAGAUGAGUCACUUCUCAACCGACUUUUAGCAUGGUAUCUUGGACGUCGCCGAGAAUUUGAUCCAAAAGGACGUAAUGAACCUCGUCGUCCUCUUAGUCCCAACAUGCGCAUCAAGCUGGAAGCAGAUUCUGGGGCUCAAGUUCAAACUUCCACUAGAGCUCAAACAGGGGAAUCUGUACCCGCUAGUACACCGAAUUCUUCCGGUUCUUCUUUAUCAAGUUCAGUCAUUCAACAGCGCCGCCUGGCUGAACAUGGACUAGAUCUACUGCUUCACCUCAGUAAUAAUGUUACUACUCUAACUGGAUCAGCAACAGUCGCGGCUCUUCGAUGUCUUAUUAACUUUGUAUAUGAACGUACAGUUGAUGAAUUAAAUUACGUACGGGUGAGAGGAUUUGAAAUACUUUCUCGUUUUCUGGUGCGGGAUCCAAAUUAUUUGUUGAAAGAUCUUUCCCAGCUGCCUCGCUUGUUUGAUGUCCUUUCAGAGGAUAAUUCUACUGAAUUAAAACUUGCUGCUGCACAUUGUUUGAGAAGGCUUGCAGUAGCUUUACACAGUGCACAGAAACAAAACUAUGCAGCUAUUCGACCGCAAUUGGUUAAGUUGGAACGUCUUUUAUAUGAGAACAUUGAAAAGCCUGAUCCACUAAGUCGCUUGGUAGCAGUCAACUUCGCGGGUUUGAUAUAUCCAUCUGAUCAUAUUCCUACGAGAUACCUCAUACUCCAGGCACUCGGUGAUAAGGAUCCUCGUGUAAGAACGGAGGCGUGCAUGGCUUUCGAACAAUUUCUUGAUCCUAAUAUUAUUCAUGAUAUAGUCUAUGGACGAGUUAAAUUGCCUUCUUUCAUUGAAUUCGUUAAUCAUGAUACCCAGCAUUCGCGUAAAAAUCCGUUUGUUGAAGUGGAACGUCUGGUACCGGUAGUUCAGUUUAUUCGUUUGUGCUUAUUGGCGACGCGUAGUGGACUAACCCCUGUGCCGGAAGCAGGUCUUACUUAUGAGACAGAAGAAGAAGUACGAUAUUUAAUCAAUCAAACUGUAAAAUAUUUUCUGUCCGUUGGAAACUCAACCAACCAAGUGUCUGUCAACACGAACAGCGCAUCAACAGCUAACUGUAACAAUACAACAACUACACCUUCAACUGGUUCAAACGUUCUCCUUAUUAAUCCUGAGCAAGCAAAGCGCAGUAUUGAUACUUAUUUCCGACUUAUUCAAGUGGUGAUUUUCACAAGAUCUCAACAUACUAAAGAUUCUCCGGAUUUCCCAAAUUAUUUAGAAGAAGUUUUAGUUGGUAAUACUAAAGAACUGAUAACAUGCAACAAACAACUUUUCGACCGUAUGAAUAGUGUACUAUUAGCUACUCCAAGAGGAGCAAGUUGUCGUCAUGCCUGUGCUUCUGUGUACAGUGUUGUUGUUAUGGAGACUGAAACACCCGCACAGGCUUUACAGACAGCUAAAGAUAUGCUUAAUGUAUUGCCUAAUCCUGGAGCUGUUAUCCACGUAGAAUUAUCUCACGCAGUCCAAGGCAUGUUCAUGGGUGCUGCUUAUCUCCUGGAACGGUUAUUCACAACUCAUGUUGUACCAUUGACUGCUGCUAAAAUUUCUUCAUUAAAAAACAAACAGGCUUCCACAGAGCAGACUAAAAAGGGAAAAAAAGAAAAGCAACAAAACCAAAGAAGUCUACAAACUGAUAUUAUUCAAACUAUUGGGCAAAUUAUAAAUCUAAUGGAUCCUUUUCUGGUGAAACCCAGUCAACUUAUCGAUAGUUUGAAAACGAACAAUACCAAAAAUACUGUUGCUAACGAUGGAUUUUAUUAUGUAAAUUCUACUGUGGCACAGGCUACAGUUACUGCUUUACUUGAAGCACUUGUAGUAAUUGGAAGAGCUGGUUGCUUAUCUCAUUUACCUCAUGGUUCACUACCUAUUACAGGAAACUGUCCACUGAUAACUUCUAAGGCUUCACUAGUUCAUCGUAUUCUAUCAUACCUUCCUAACUCAAGUGAAGAACGUUCUUCAUCAUCUCUCAAGUAUCCACGAGUUUCACAAGCUGCUCUUCGUGCAUUAGCAGCUCUUUGUAUGGGUGAAGGUUAUCAUGCACAUAGUGAUGAUCCAGUGAAUGCCGUAACUACGACUAUAUUAACUGUAAAACCCAACUGCCAUCCUCAUACAAUAUCUAUUAUGAAAGCUAUGGUUAAUAUGGCUGUUAUUAACGACUCAAGUCUUCAUCUGGCUGUGGGUACUGCUCUAGCUGACUGUAUUCUUGGUCCCGUAUCACCUUACAAAUUUCAUUGGUAUGAAAGAAAGUAUCCUUUAGUGAUCCCGAAGAAUAUUUUAAAAAAAGCUGUUAAAGGACCAGUUGGCCAGUGGUUAGCAGAGCAGUUACAAACACUUCUUACUCGCCGUCCAGGACAGGUGCAAACACGACCAGCUACUAUAGCUGCAACACUUUGGAUACUGAAUUUAGUUCGUCGUUUGGGUCCACUGCCAAAGUCUUUACUUUCUUACCAGUUGCUUAUCGACCUUUUGGACGAAAAAGAUGAUUCCAUACAGUGUGUUGUUGUCGCUACUCUGGGUUUAAUAUAUGAUAGAAGUUCAGAGGAAGAACGUUCAGAACUUAUAUCAAAGUUAACGAAAGCUGUUACAAACGAUCAAAAAUCGGGUUCGAUAGUGUACCGUGAACUAUGUACGUUAGCUCAACAGAUUGGACGUCCAGAUCUAGCUUUGUCACUAAUUGUUUUGGCCAUCGCUCUCCCAGUACCAUCACGUAACUCUAAUACUGCUGCUAAUACUCAAUCUGGUAGUUGCUUUUCUAAUAUAGUAUUCAAUUUAUCAUCAAGUGUCACCUACUCAAGUUUAGUUCGUAGACUUGGAAGAUCUUUGGCAUCAGCUCUUCCACGUUUAGUGCCGCGAAUUUAUGUUCGUCGUUUUGACUUUGCUCGACCUAAACUUCGUCAAGCCAUGGAAAAUGUUUGGCUUGGUUUAGUAUUGUAUGCAACUAACUCUGCUACACCACUUUUAUCUUCCAACCUAAUAUCUUCCAAUAUAAAUAUAAAUGUCCCAAGUACAACAACUAGCAGUCCAACUAAUCAAAAUACCCCAGUAUCUUCAUCACCAGCACCAAACUCCGUACAUUCUUUAGUUACAGAAAUGAUUGAGGCACACUUCAAUGCGAUUGUAUGCGAAAUUAAGACUCAAUUGGGAUUUAAUGCAUUAAGCUUUCAUAUAACUCAAACGGGUACCAACUCCCCUCAGUCGAUGACAAACACCUCAAUUAGUGCUGGAUCAUCACCAGUAAAAGCUACAGGAAACGCCAGUCCACAGUCUAGUGGCACAGGUACACAAAACACACGGUUAAGAGAUGCGUGUUGCUUAGCUAUCACUAGUUUGGCUACACACCCCACUGCUGACAAACGUCUUGCAGGGCAUUUACCAGCUCUCUUGUCUGGACUGCUAAACUUAUGCGACGAGUGUGAGUCAGCUGACCUUUUGGAAAGUGAUAAUUCAGGUGUUACAACUCCCGCUGAAGAAGCUGCUAUCACUGUGCAAAAGCUUGUUAUACGUGUCCUAGAAAAUCCAUGUUCUCGUGAAGCAGCUACGGGACUUUUACCUGGUUUGCUACCAGUUAUUAUAGAACGUGCACCUUGGUCACUUAGUGCAGAGACAAUUUCAAACAAAAGUGGACGCCAACCGCCCAGUGAAUUAAGACGUCUAGCACUUGAACUUCUCUUAGCAGCUGCCCGUACAGCGCGUCCAUCUGCUUUGCGUCCUGCUCUUCCACAACUGAUAUUAUCUGGACUUCAAGCUAUGAGUUCUAUGCCUCCAUCUGUUGUUUCUAACUUAAUGCGACAACCUAUUCAUCAUUUACAUAUGUAUGCACAGAACUUACCUAGCAUACUGAAUCUUGCUCCGAAUUUGUCACUAAAGUCAAGUAGUACAGUGGGAGUUGGCGUUACUCAGUCUAAUCUUACCCCGUUGUCUACAUUGACUCAGUUAAACUCAGGAUCCAAUCGCAAGGAAAUUCAAAUGGCAGAAGUUUUAAGACUAUCUGUGCGCCUACUUGAUGACAUUUGCUUAUCGCGUCUAAUUGUGCCCUUCACUGAGCUAAUAAAAGCUGGUGGUGGCUCUUCUACUGCAUCUAUAGGUGCAAGCAGUGCCACUGGUGGUAGUCGGGGAACAGGAGCUAUUGGUUCUGCUUCUGUUGCAACUGCGACUUGUGUUUUUAUUCACCAUUUGGCUACGGCGAAUGCAAGUGCUUUGGCUAUUUCUCCUAAGACAAAUACAUGCUUGAGAUGUGCGGCUUCCAAAUCACAAACUACAUCGAAUGGUCUAGAUAACCCAACUUCAUCUCCAGUUCACAAAACGCACAACUCACCAUCUAGCUCAUCCCACUCAUCACCUUCUUCUUUAUAUGGUCUGUCUCCUCCAACUCCUCCAUCUGGUUCUGUUAAUGAAGUUAAUUCCGGCGCAACAGACAUAUCUACCUCUGGAAAUCCAUCUCGUGCUAUGCUUCAUGGUCAUAAGCAUACUUCACUGACGAAUGGAUCGGCUUGCUCACCCGAUGGAAUAGGACUUUCCUCUACAGUUUCGGCAACUCAGCUGAAUUCUACGUGCUGCAAUUCCACAGUUGGAGGUUUUGCUUCUGUGGCUCCCCACACUGGAAAACUCUUGGCAGCAUUGCUGUCAGCUCUUCCUGGAGCUUGUCGUCAUCCGAACUCUUCUGGGAAGAUUGUUCAAGAAGAGAUGGCUCGAACCCUUGCCAGUCUACUAAGGUUCGCCAAGAACACCAGCGUUACAAAAGUAUUCAAUCGUGUUCGGUCGUGGUAUUUGCAACCUGAACAAGAUACAGCCUCUCCAGAGGGUGGCGUACACACUGAUAGUAUUGUAUCAAUAAGCCAUUGGGCAUGUGUUCGUGUACUACACGCUGUCGCUCACCAUUGCCCGGAUCUUCUAUACGCUCACUCUUGUACCACUUUACCGCUUAUUUUCAUUAAUAAACAAGUACAUGUUGAGACUGAAGUUGAUAGACUGUCUUCCACUAAAACAACUAGUAUGAUAUAUCCUUCAAGUAACCAUGGCGCUGACUCAACGUGUACUCGUGCUGUUCAUGAUGAAAUCAGUCCAUCUCAUAAUAAGGAAAAAGUCACAAAUGGUGUAAAUCACAAUUAUACAUCAGCGUAUCAAAAGUUAUGCCAAGAAUGCUGGGAAGAACUAAUAUCUCGCCUUCCCUCUGCUCCGUGUUCAUCUGACACUAUUUUGUUUUCAGCGAAUGCUUUAACUCUUGGCAUAAAGUCAGUUCUGCCUUUGGCUAGCGGUUUGACCAAUAGCUUUCUUCGAUACCCUCUUCUAGAACAUUGUACACAGUUGUUGUAUGAUGCGUUUCUUGAGUCACAAAGUUGGUCAGUACAUAGUCAGGCUGCAUUAGCCAUGCUUCAACUAGCUUCCCGAAUGAUUGGUCAACCUUUUGGCGCUGCAUGUUCUAAUAAUGCCCUAAGCAAACGCAGCAAGUGUAAUAGUCGUCCCUGUCCAAAAGUUGCUUCUGAAAUAUCACCCGGAACUACUGAGAAUCCAGAUUCAGGACGAUCUGUCAACGAGACACUUGAUGCCGAUGGAAAGCAGUGCCGACAUGCUGAUAAGUGUAUAACAGCAGAUGCUGACUCAAAUGCAAUUGAAGUGCAAGAGAUUCUGGAUAAAAAAACUCUUGAUUCGAACCAGAAUAAGACAGUGAAUGAUGAUGACGAUGAUGAUGAUGAUGAUGAGUAUACUACCGAUGAUGACGACGAUGAGGAUGAUGAUGAUGAAGAGGAGGAGGAGGAGGAAGUGGAUGAAGACGAGAUAAUUGUGGUCAACGAAGAAUCUGUAGUUGAUGUGUGGCCAGUCUUAGUUCAGCUAGCUGCUACUGCCCUAAAUAAAUGCAACCAAUGGCCUGGAAAAGUGCAUUUACUCAGAACAGCCAGGGCAUUAGCAGAAUUCGCUUUGGAACAGCGGAGUGUUACAAAAGAACCAGGGAAUAAGGAGGUUAUUCAUCAGAUGUUAUGUGCUCUUUACCGUGAAACUCGGCCUAAACGAGCUGCAAGUCUUGGAUUGGGUUACCAAGCUGAAGCAUUUUUGACCUUUGCAUCUUUCAGUGAAGCCUGUGGUCGUAAUGCCAUAACAGAUAACCCGAUACUCCAGUUUGUUAAAGGAGGUCAAAGCGAUGGCGUGACUACGGAUUGCUUUCCCGAAAUUGUUGAUAAUCUUACGGACCUAUUUGUGCUUAUCAUCCCACAAUGGUCGAAACGUGUUAAGAAUUCUACACAGAUUAAGAAUUUGGAGAACUUAAAGGUAAACGCCAAACUAGGCGAAGGCGAUCUGGAGCUGGCGAUAAGAGCUAUUGGAAUUAUGUGGCCCUUUAACAUUAUGAAGGAACAAUUACCACGUUUCGCUGAAACAAUGUGUUUUUUGAAUAUCGUUAUGACGCAAGGUGGGAAGAAUGCUCAGGUUGCCUGUCUAGCCACUGCCAUAGCAAUUUUCGCGAAGCUUAGUCCUGAAGAAAGUGCACAGAUAGUUGAAUCUACUGGAAAAUCGGCUUCCAAAUCCUUCUCUGACCUAGGAUUAAAAGAAUUGCUUGGUAAGGUGAAAAGAUCAGCGGAAAAUCAAAAAUCCCAACUACUAAGGGAACAUUCCCUUGGGACGGUUGCCGGAAUUACUAGACAUCCAAGCUUCCUUAAUUUAUGCCGUGAAUCAACUCGUCAAAUUUUGCAAUCAUAUUCCAACGAUAGUAUUCAAACGUUACGUGAAUGGGCUUCCGAACUGAUUAAAACAGUUUAACAUUUAUUAUGAGUGUAUGACUUUCUUUGUAUGUUAAUGGUGCUAUCUUCAAACAUUACUAUGAUAAUUUAAUGAAAAUAAAACUGAUAAUCAUUUAAUUAAUUAAUAAUUUAUUGGGGGUUAUUUUUAUCGAUAUACGCUUUUUAUACAGGACGUUUUGAUAAGUUCUAUCAACAUAUAUUUACGAAACCAAACAGAUUUUAUAUACUCCGGUUUUUAUUUUUAUAACAGUCGUACAUUGUG